AUGGAUCCACCACCACCCAAAUCAGUGGGAAGUUCUCGUCCACCAAGGCCACCACGAAAAAACGCUGCUCCACCGUCCCAACUCUCUCGGCAGCAGCCACAAGAAUCAUCACCGGGAAUAGAAGAAUCUCAACUACUGUCAUGGUUUCAAGAAAUAUUCCCUGGUCAAGAUCUUCCACAAUGUCUUCAACCGGAGACGAAUAAUGAUCCUCCUAGAGACUACACAUUACAACGCAUGCAGAGUCUUCCUAGAUCAAACCCUGUACCAUGGCAUAAGUCACGAGAACGAUUAUUAUUACGUGAAUUAUAUCCUCAUCUUGAUGCUCUAUGUACUGAUUCAAUCUCGAAGCAGAGAGAAGGACUUCUACCACCGCGACCACCGCGGCCUCGGCUUCAGGCAAUACCAUUUCCUUCUCUAGACUCGCCACCACGGUCAUCACCACCGCAGCAGCAAGAAAUAGUUCUUGCACCACCCUCUCCACCGAAAAGAGAAUCUCAAGAGAUUCAUGGUCCUCAUUCUAUUGCUUCUCCGUCACCUCGGUGUUGGACAUUCGUAGUAAUCUUAGUUGUUAUCAUAAUUAUUGCACUAGCUUUGGUGCGUCCUACUUACUUUACUCUUUCAAUUAUAGUACUAGCUGCUUCUACUAUUACUCACGGUGAUGAUUCUUGUUUCAGGCCAGAUUGCGAGUUCGGCAAAGAACAGGAUAUUGGCCGGCCUGUAAGGUUACCUGGUUAG